CUCGGCCUCACCGUCGCGGCUGCAGCAGUGGGCGGGGGGCUCGGGCCGUGCGGCGGCGGCGGGCCGGGGGCGGCGAGCUGGGGGCGGCGAGGGGACCCCCGCGGGGACCCCCGCCCCUCCUCUCCUCUCCUCCUGCUGUGGGCACAGUAGCCGGCCGGCCUCGGCCUUCGGGAGCAGCGCGCCGGUGAGACCCGGCCGCCGGGGCAGGAUUGGAGGGACCCAGGACACCUGCCUAUUUCUGCCACUGGCAUCUGGCAUCCCCAGGACCUCCUAGCUCUAGGACACACACAGGGGAUAGGUGAAACCACAGGCUUGCCCCUUGUAGAGACUUGAAUCUCCUAUCUCUGUGACACAUCCCACAAAACUAGGAGUUCUCCAUUCAUCAUGUUGUGUCACCAGCGGUGGCUGAGCUGAAAUUUCCUGCAUCUUGGGGAGAGCAUGUAUAAAAGGAAUGGCCUCAUGGCCAAUGUGACCGUCACCUCCGCCACUCCAGAGGAUAGUAGCAGCUCUGACUCUCUGGAAGGAAGGAGUUCAGACUAUGCCAAUAAAAGCUAUGAUGCGGUUGUAUUUGACGUAUUGAAAGUAACUCCUGAGGAGUUUGCAAGCCAGAUUACAUUAAUGGAUAUGCCAGUAUUUAAAGCUAUACAGCCAGAGGAACUAGCCAGCUGUGGAUGGAAUAAGAAAGAAAAACACAUCCUCGCCCCUAAUAUUGUUGCCUUUACAAGGAGGUUUAAUCAGGUCAGUUUCUGGGUUGUACGAGAAAUUUUAACAGCACAGACCUUAAAAAUAAGGGCAGAAAUAUUGAGCCAUUUUGUGAAAAUAGCUAAGAAACUUCUAGACCUGAACAACCUUCAUUCCAUCAUGGCUGUGGUAUCAGCAUUGCAAAGCGCACCUAUUUUCAGGCUGACGAAAACCUGGGCUCUUCUAAAUCGCAAAGACAAGACCACCUUUGAGAAGUUAGACUACUUAAUGUCUAAGGAAGAUAACUAUAAGAGGACACGGGAGUACAUCAGAAGCUUAAAGAUGGUCCCUACUAUUCCCUAUUUAGGAAUAUAUCUCUUGGAUUUAAUCUAUAUCGAUUCUGCAUAUCCUUCAUCUGGCAGCAUCAUGGAGAAUGAACAAAGAUCCAAUCAAAUGAACAAUAUCCUCCGAAUAAUAGCUGAUUUGCAAGUCUCCUGUAGCUAUGAUCAUCUCAUAACUUUACCCCAUGUGCAAAAGUACUUAAAGUCUGUCCGCUACAUUGAGGAACUUCAAAAGUUUGUGGAAGAUGACAACUAUAAAUUAUCCUUAAGAAUUGAGCCAGGAAGCAGCUCUCCUCGACUGGUCUCCUCCAAGGAAGAUCUUGCAGGUCCAUCAGAGGUGUCAGCAACUGUGAGGUUCAGCAGGAGACCAACUUGUCCUGAUGCCUCAGUGGCAGCCAGCCUCCCAACCCCUCCUGUACCAAGACACAGGAAGAGUAACAGCCUGGGAAACAAUAUGAUGUGUCAGUUCAGUGUAGUUGAAAGUAAAAGUGCAACGUUUCCAACAGAGAAGCCACGCCACCUGCUGGAUGACAGUGUCCUAGAAUCCCACAGUCCUGUCAGAAACCACACUCUAAACUCAGUUUUCACCAAUGGAAUUUCCAUAGGAAGUAGUGAAAGUUCAGAAUUUAGUGAGGAGCUGUCUUCAGGGCUUGAAAGCCCAGCAGGGGCCUGCAACUGCACAUUAGGGAGCUCAACAGGAGUCAUUACCAUGGAAGGGCCUUUGAGAAGGAAGACAUUACUAAAGGAAGGCAGAAAGCCUACACUCUCCUCAUGGACUAGAUAUUGGGUUACACUUUCAGGGUCAACUCUUCUCUACUUUGGAGCAAAAUCAUUAAGAGGCACAGAAAGAAAACACUAUAAAUCUACUGCUGGUAAAAAAGUUUCUGUUGUGGGCUGGAUGGUGGCACUGCCUGAUGAUCCUGAACAUCCUGAUAUUUUUCAGCUAAAUAACCCUGAUAAAGGCAAUAUUUACAAGUUUCAGACUGGGUCAAGGUUUCACGCAAUACUGUGGCACAAGCAUUUGGAUGAUGCAUGCAAAAGCAACAGGCCUCAGGUACCUGCUAACCUAAUGUCAUUCGAAUAACUUGCAUCAGUAUGUGGUGUGACUUCAAGUGCCAAACUGCAGGAUGGGAAUAUCUUUCCCUGAGGAGAAGGGGAGAAGGAGCUCCCUAAUGUGAGCCAGCUGCCCCAGACAAGAUUACUUCAGCACUUUUCUAUGUAACUUGAAAGUGAUUUUGACACAGCUUUUAAAAGCAGAAAGUGAAUGUUGUCCUUAGGACCAGAUAUAGUCUCAUGCACUGAACAUAAGUAGACAAUUUAGAUAGACUGAAGAUGAGUCCUGACUGACGCAGGAUCCUGGAAACCUUGACUUUAACUUUGUGGUCACAAACUGCCCUGGACUAAUGUUUGACCACAAACUGUGCAUCACAUCUUCUGCCUAUUCUUUUUUAAACUGUUCUUUUUAUUGUUAAGCUGCUUUAUGUGACUGAAGAACAUUUAGCCCAUGUUGGGUUUUCAGUUCUUUCUAAUGCACAAAAUGAUUGACAGUGUUAACUUGCUGCAAAGUGUCAAUUAGAAUAGAAAAUUGUGGAACAACAUUUUUAUAAUCUAAGUGCACUGAGUUGCUUGGUAAUGUGGUUGCCUCAGAUUUUGUAUCAACUCUCUGGACAAUUCUGCAGGUCGCAUUUGAGCUAUUUGGGAAAUGUGUAUUUUGGCACAAGAUAAAUAGUUUAAUUUAGUAUUUCUUUCAUUUGAAUGUGCUGCUUUUAAAUAUAAUAUAAAGGGACACCCAGAUGAGUGAAGGGUCCAUUGCUAUUUAAAUUCACUUUGUGUUACAGCUUUUCUUGGAUUUUCUUACUCCUAAGGAUAAAUUGGCCUUAUUUUUUUCCCCUUUACUAUGGGUGCUAUUCAUCUAAAAUCCCUAGCUCCAUAGAUGCAGGUAUUUGGAUCUUCCCAGCCACUAGUGCUGACUCCUCAGAAUGGCUGAACUUUCCACUCACUGUUCCACUCUCAUGUGGGUGAUCCAAUCCCAUUCAGCACCUGCAUGUGUGCACACAUCACCUGGUAGGCAGAAUAAUGCCACUAGGACUGCUGUCAUGAAGGCCUCUAAUCCUCUGAAAUCAUGAUGGAGGUGAGAUCUAGGCAGGACUGAUUGGCAUGUAAGAGACCCUUCUCUGCCAGGAGAAACCACCUGGUUCUCUUUUCCCAGGUGUGCCUUAGCACUUCCUGCUGGUCGGAGCUUUCUGCUAUUCUCACCUUGAUUUCAGUAUUCUUCACAUUUUAGUCACAUCCCUCUGCUGGUCAGUGUUCAGGCUUCAUCCAUCAAGGAUGAAUCAUUGCAUAAAGCUCCCACCUCACUUUCAGCUAGGCUUUCUAAUGCCAUGACCAAUGCCCCUAAAACCGUCACUCUGCAGCUCCCCAAGAAUGGAGCAAAAUGGUGAGCUAGGUGGGAGAGUCCUGUGAUUCGACCACAUGCUUGCAGACCAUGAAAGACCAGAAAUAAUUUUGGAUGACUAGAGCCCUACAUCAAAACAAGUGCCCAGUCACUGGGCUUUUCUGCUGAUCUCACAUAAUCUUGAUUUUACAGCAGAUUUUUUUAAAUUUAUCUUACAAAAAUACCUUAUUUGUAAUGCUGAAUUUCUGUUGACUAUAAAAAUGUUUUUUAACUGUCUGUGUCACAAUCCUGAGAAUGAAACUUGGUAAGUGACAAGAAAAAUAGUUCCUACUGAUUCCUGUAGGGAGAGACAGGGCAAGUAUCAGAAUUCACACAGAUUUGACAUCAGACUUCUUUGAUGGUUCAAGAGAUCUUCAGUGGGAUAGAGGAGUGGCCAAAAAAUAUCUUUUUGCUUUUUUACCAAGCCAAAAACUAGUUGUAGUAGUGACCUGAUAACAGCAUCUGUAGUCCAAGAAUGGAAUUUUCAAUAGUUAGAUCUUACACAGAGGAUUUUUAAAGAUGAUGAUGCUGGUGAAAUUCUGUCAUCAGCAUGUCACUGUUGCCCAACUAUUUGAAAAUGAAAUCAUCUGAAUUAUUCUCCUGGACAGAGAGAUGCAUGGAUGGUUGUGGUGAGAGGUGAGUUAUAAAUUUAAACUAUUUCUGAGGAUGCAGGUAUUCUCUGGACUACCAUUCAAAUGAAUUCAUAGGCGCAUGUAUGUGUAGUGUGUGUGUCUGUACGCAUAUCUAAUCUAUUGCAGCAGCCAGAGGGUUGAACCAUCUGAAACGGCAUUAUUGUAAUGUUAUAUGUCUGACCUAAACCCUCAAAUGCUAAGAGUAAAGGCUGAAGAUCUAACUUGCCACCCCCUUAUGCAGAAUUUGUAUAAAAUAGAGCUGCUGUUAAUCAGGAGCCGUGGAGCGCUGCCUGUAUCUAAAAUGUCCUUGGAUUUCUGUGUUUAAGCCAGAGCUAGAAUGUAAUGCCACUUACAAUGCUGUUGCUUUUUUCAAUUAUAUUUAAAGACAACACUUCCUCGACAUACAUAACAUGUAUUCAAGCAUCCUGAAUUCCCAGUUUGCCUAAUGGAUCAUAAAGGGUUUUGUAGCUUCCAGGGCUACUGGUAAGAAUGUAAAGUGGCCCACCUAGUACAAUAAAUUAGGAAGGUGAUAGAUCAAGAAACCAAACUGUUUUCUUAAAUAAGUAUGCAUUUUGCCAUCGUAGGCAUUGGCAGGCAAAGAUUUAUAAAGGGACUUGUGACAUAAUUUAAAAAAUGAGGAGGGACUAAUAAAUGCAUUGCCAACAAUUAACAGUGUACUUGUAUUUUCCAGAUUGCCAACCAAAUGAGUGUUUAGGAGGAUGAGGACAGUAUAGGUACAGGUAAAUUGUGGCCUCAAGCAUCGAAGUUUAAAAUGCACAUUUGCCAGAGCAGAAUUUUUAACACAGCUAAUUUUAAUGGUUCUGCAAGAACUCUGAAACGUACUUACGUAGUGCUUUUAUUCACCAGUCAUGUCCAGGUGAAACCAUAACAACUACAUCUAUCUUGUUCUGCUCUAUUGGGAUGUGGGUGAUUCCCCUGUGCAGGGAUUCUGUUCCACAAAUCCUACUGAAAUCCUUGCAGCAAAAUGUUCUGCAAAUGCUUAGUUACCCCAUUAAUAAGAGAACAAUUUGGUCAUUGUUAAAUAUAAAAUUUAAUUUAAAAUUGUAACAGUCACUGACCUGACAUCCAUAUUAGGAGGCUAAGGAAAUGUCUAAAGCUGUUUUUAGAUGUAAUGGGGGAGGGGAGAAACAGCUAAUUCUCAUUUCAUUUUUUUCCACCGUGCUUGUAAUUCAAAUUAAGUAAUGGAUGUUGUGGCUGCUGAGACUGUGGACCAAGUUUCACCUUGAAGUGACACUCACAGUCAACUGAUAGGCUAGUAAUGGCAAAAGCUGGAACCUGUUUAGAUCUAGAGGGCUUGUAGAAUUCAAAGCCUUGUGGAACAUUUUAGGUGUUAUUCUAUUCAGGGCAGGGAGUUUUUUCAUCCUUAGAAAACAAUCUUUCUCAAGAAAAGCCCUUUAGAAGCUGGCCAUGAAGGGGGGAUUUGAAAGUAGCUUUCAACUCCAUCCAAAGAGGAUGGAGCUAGGCUGUUCUCAGUAGUGGCAGAUGACAAAAAAAGGAGUAAUGGUCUCAAGUUGUGGUGGGGGAGGUCUAGGUUGACUAUCAGGGAAAACUAUUUCACUAGGAGGGUGGUGAAGCACUGAAAUGGAUUACCUAGGGAGGUGGUGGAAUCUCCAUCCUUAGAGGUUUUUAAGGCCCAGCUUGACAAAGCCCUGGCUGGGAUGAUUUAGCUGGGGUUGGUCCUGCUUUGAGCAGGGGGUUGGACUAUGACCUCCUAAGGUUUCUUCCAACACUAAUCUUCUAUGAUUCUAUGGCAGAGAAGUUCCAAACAUCUCCAGGUCCCUUCACCUGUAUAGCAAACCCCUACAAAGAUAGGAGUUCAAACGUGAAACCAGGAUAUGCUCUGAACUAUUUGUGGCAUGAAUGAGAGAACACACACAAAAGUGACUCUGAUAUCCAGGAGUCUCUCAUAGUGCCAGGGAUGGAAUUUGUGUGUGUCUGUGGAGAGAACAAAACCCUCAAAAUAAUGCUACUUGAGACCUUCAGUCAUUUGCAUUUUUAAAGUUUUUAAAGAAUUGGUAAAAUGAAUGCUUGAGCUGAUCACCAGUUGCAGAGUAGAUAAUAUUAUGUAAAACAGAGCUGAACAUGGCAAUUGUGUAGUUUUGCCUUGUGCAAUAUGUCUUGAAAUUCUUGUAGUAUAUCACAAUAAUUGUGGUAUUGCUUUGUAGCUUUUGAGAAGACAAAAUGAAUGAGAAUGAUAGAACAGUAGAGGGAUGGUAUUAGCUUACUCCAUUUUUAAAUACAUUUAUUGUUAAAUACAGAAAGUAUGAAUUCUAAUAAUUACUGAUUUUUUGGGGACUCAGUAUCUGGCACUUUUAAUGUGAAUUAAAAGCUCCUGUUGAAAUAAUAGACAGUGAUUAAAAUAUCACCUCUAUGAAAGGAUAUCAUAAACCUUGUAAGUGUUAUCAGUCGCACAGUAAAACUUCAGCUGUUUUGUAAAAACAGGCCUUUUUAGUCUGUUUUUCAGGAUGACUAAUUUCAGACUUGUGAAGAUAUUAGAUAUAUUUCAGGCAAUAUUUAUUAUUAAUUUAUUAGUGUGUGUAAUUUUAAAGUAAUUCAGUGCCAAAAUGCAUGUUUGUCCCAUUAGCACUCAAUUAAGGCAUCAACAAAAGUUUUCAAUAUACAAUCCAUUUGUCGCAUUACAAUGUAAACCAAUUUCUAUAUUUCUUUGUUUCUUGUGAACACUGUUGCACUAUUUUUGGCCGUAUUUUUCAGCAGCCCACUGCAUGCCAUUUGUGUACAGACUUUCUAUAACUUUUGUGAAUUGUCUCACCCAUAAUAACCACUGAACUUUUAACCCUUGUGUGGGAGUCUUUAGGUUUUUGGCAAAGUAUUUUGUUACCUCAGUCUUGUAUCAAGUUGCUGUAUUUCAGCUUGUUACAUUGAUAAUGAUUGUUUCACUAAUUAAAUACCUUAAUGUAAAAAAAUUGUUUAACAAA